GGAGAGGGCGACAGAGAGGGAGAGGUUGUUGGAGAGGGAGGAAAUGGUAAGGGAGAGGGAAAGAGAAGAGAGGGCCAGCGAGAGGGAGAUGGCACUUGAGGGGGAAAGGGAGGAAGAGAGACAAAGUGAGGAAAGGGCUAGACUGAGAGAGCUGGAGAUMGAGAGAGAAAGGGAGAUAGAGAGGGAACAAGAUAGUGAGAUGGAGAAAGAGAGACAAAGUGAGAGGGAGAGAAAGUCACUCAGUUCAGCUCAGGAUCUCUUUGCCAGUCAAUCCCAACCCUAUGCCUAUUCCCAGCCCCACUCCUACUCCCGUCCCCAAACCCAGAUCGAGGCCCCUCGUUCAGCCUUCCACSCGGUCAACACCGCUCUCCUCCAGGAUAACCAGGCUCUUCACCAGGGGUAUCCACCACAGAGCUACACACCAACAGAGGCGUAUCCUGCUGCGUCUCGACCGUUACCGUGGGAACAGACACAGAUCAACAGGAAGUUCAGCCUGACUGAGAGGGACAACCCCCGGUACAGACGUGAUUCAUCCACCGGGCCACCAAAUUGUGCUAUAACAGUAACACCUGACUACCACCACCACCAGCAAGUCUCCCAAAGUGGGGGUUGUUGGAAUGGCUUGCUGUCUGACUGUAGUAUGGACGAGGAGGACCAUCACCAGACGUCUAUGGUGGUUAACCCCACAUCAUAUUCAUCUUCAUCACUACUACGAAGCAGGGCCAUGUCCGAGAACGAUCUACACUUUGGCUCUACCUACCGCCGUAUUUCACCCUCGGUUGCUAUGGCGACACCACCGUCUGAGCUGGAGGAGGGAGGCGGGAUCGAAGGGGGAAGAGUGGGAGUGGGAGGAAUUAGGGGAGCGGCUAACAAAAAUAAGACUCUACCCCCUCCGAGGCCACCUCCCCCCAAAUGGGAGCAGUUCCACCGCAGGAGAGCCUCCCACCACACCCUCAUCGCCUCUCCUCURUUCUCCACUUCUGUUUCUUCAUCCGUCCAUCCAUUGGUAAACCCCACCCCCCCUCCUCUCCCUCUCAUACCACCAGAGGGUCCCACCUCUCACCCUUCAUCUCACCCCUGUCACCCCGAAAAGAGUGAAAUGACGCGUCAGCGCUCCUACAGCCUCCCGCCCCAGAGGGAGGCGCUAGAGGGGUGCCAGCGCUGCAUCAGAAGCCAAGUCCAGGAAUGGCGCUUUUCCCAGGCUCCGCCUAGUCCAGGGUUCACACACACGGCCUUCCGGCCGGUGGCCCCGCCCCGAAGAGAUAAAAACACUCCCCCUCGCUACAACGACACACCGCCAUCAGAAAGCUGUGUCAGGUUGUACAACAUGGUUGACCAAGAUUGUCCUGCUGUAUUGAAGCCUAUCUCUCAUAGACAGCAGAGGGCCAGGGCUGAGUGGGAGAGAACUCCGUCUCCCAGAGUGCAUAGCGUCUCAGGUCAACUCACCAUAGAGAAUGGCGUUAUCUCACCAGAGUCCUACUUCGCUAUGAGCUAUGAACAACAACAACAACAGUUACAGCAGAAUAGAAGAUUGCAGAAUCACCCCCACAACAAUAACAACAAGACGGAAUUGGAACAAGAAUUAUUGGAACUGGAACCGGAAUCCGAUUUUGGCCCGAGCCCCGCCCAGAGCUUGGAACAGGAAGUGGACAUCCCCAUGGAAACGGACAUUGACGACUCCCAGGAGGAGGGGCUUCCAGAGGAUGAAGAGCCAAUCAGGACAGAGCUACAAUGUUUCGCCCUGCCCGUCACGGUGCUGGAGACCGACAUCGACACGAUCCCUGAUCAGGAGGCCUCGCCAGCGGGUAGGAUGACAGUGGAGAAUGGGUCUCUGGAUGGAGAAAUGGAGGACCAGGGGAUGAGGACCAGAGAGGAACUCAUGGAGGAGCUGUUUCCCCAGAGCAUUGAGGGCGAGGCAGGCACAGAGAGCUGGAGAAGGGCCUAUCGUAGCCCCAACCUGGAGCACAAUACAGACAGCCUGGAUAGGCGUUCUGGUGCCAGCUCCAGUUGUUCGUCCUACUACUCUACCUCAGCAGCCAAAGCUCAGCUCCUCACUCAGAUGAAGGACUACUGCUCAGACACUAGAGACACUGAUGAUGAUGAUGAGGAACUGUCUUACAAGAGACAGUUGAUGGAGAGUCUACGUAAGAAGCUGGGAAUUCUGAGAGAGGCACAGAGAGGUCUACAGGAGGAUAUACGGGCUAACGCACAGCUGGGAGAGGAGGUUGAGAGCCUGGUGCUAGCGUUCUGUAAGCCCAAUGAGGUGGAUAAGUUCAGGAUGUUUAUCGGGGAUAUGGAUAAGGUGGUCAGUCUGCUUCUGUCUCUCUCCGGACGGCUACUUAGGGUUGAGAGCUCACUGGACAACCUGGAGGCCGAGACUGGACACUAUGAGAGGCUCCCCCUCCUGGAGAAGAAACGUCAGCUCCUGGUGCAGCUGUCAGAGGCCCAGGACCUCAAAGAACAUGUGGACCGACGGGAGCAGGUUGUGGGAAGGGUGCUAAGGCGAUGCCUCUCCCCAGAACAGCACCGUGACUACAGUCAUUACGUCAAGAUGAAGGCAGCAUUGCUGGUGGAACAGAGGCAGCUGGAGGACAAGAUCAGGCUGGGAGAAGAGCAGCUAAGAGGGCUACGGGAGAGUCUCGGGAUGGGAUUAGGGAUGUCCAUGGGAUAUGGGCACUACUGAACCCCAACCAAGAGACCUGAAAGCUGGGCAGAUGGAUGGGGUAUCGACACUAUUGAGAGAAAGUGAACAAGGACAGUUGGAGCAGUUAAGAACUUCAAUGGAGAGUCUGUGUUGGGGAUGUCCAUGUUGAUGGGGGUAUGGACACUAUUGAGAGAACUAACUCUAACUUAAAGGUGAAUUUUGCUUUUUUUUAAACAACUCUCUAUUCCAGACACUUUUUUUUGCGAUUUCACUUGUUUUUGAGAAACUUACCCCAACCAGUGAUUCACUUCCUCAUUGUUGUUGUGCAGUAAGGGGGCUCUGAAAAAARGGGGGGCUCUGAACAAACAUGAACAAAUGUUCCAAAAACACCCAAAUACGUCCUUUUAGAAAUGGUAACACUCUGAGUAUAGUGAUGCAGGUCUUUAGAUGUUGUACAUGUGAAAUUGUGUCAUCCUGAACUUUAUCCACAACGUUAUAUUCCAUUUUGUGUGGAAAUUAAUUUCUGGUUGGGCAAAGGUCCUCAAAAUCAAGUGAAAUCGCAAAAAAAGUGUAUUGACCCUUCUAUGACAUGCCAUUUACAUCAAAAUAAUAUUUGAUUGUUAAAAAAAGCAAAUUUCUCCUUUAAGGAAACUUUAGAGACGAGUUGAUGGUGUUAGGGAUGGGCUGGGGGAUGUAUGUGGGAUUCAUUCAUUAUUGAGUGAAAACCACCCUACCCAGGGAGACCCUAGAGUGGAUGGGCUUAGGAAUGGGGUUAGGGAUGGAGAGAGCCAUGGAAUGUCUAUGGGGUAUGGGAACUAUGGGGAGACAGGCAACCUCCACAAGGAGACCCUAGAGUGGGGUACGUUAGGAUGGGGGGUGGGGUAUGGACACUAUUGAGAGAGAACCAACCCAACCUAAGGAGAGCCUGGAGAGCUAUGGUAGAGUUUAGGGUUAGGGGUAGAGCUGAGGGAUGUCCAUGAAGUAUGGGAACUGUAGGGAGACAGCCAACCCACACAUGGAGGCCCUAGAGUUGGGUAAAUAGGGACGGGGUUAGAGUUGGGGAUGGGAUAUGGGCACUACUUCCUAAAACACUCCAGUACUUUUCCUGACACCAACAUCUACACUGUUGUAAAACAGAGGUGGCCAUUAAAACCACACAAGACAAUUCAUUAAGGCUGCACUUGGCAGUAUUUGUCCAUUAAGAAAUACACACCUACUCUUUGGUGUUAGACACACUGGUAUACCCAAGAGUAACAACUAUCUUUCACUUACCAACUGUAACCUCACAAUCGCAUACUCCAUGCACUACAAAACGAGGCCAAAGAAUAAGUUGUUGUUUAGUGUGUGUGUUACUGAACAAGACUGGAGAAAGUAUUUAUUUAUUUAUAACUCUGUUGAGCAAUACUGACAGGGAGAAUUUGGGGUGCUAGACGAGUGUAUUUUCAUGAAACUGUUGGAGUGCAUUGAAUACAUAGAAAUGGAUAGAAGGUGCAUGUGCCAUAAAGCUGCCCAUGCUAUCACAUAAAACAUUAUUGCGAAGAAAAGCCCUCUAUCCAAUUCUAUGAUUGCAUAUAAUCCUAUUACAGUAAUAUGUCCAGAAAUGGAGAGAGACAGCUGCUUCUCUCCACUCUCAUAAAACACUAUACUAGCCUGAGUGCCAGUCUGUUUGUGCUAUCAUGCUAACUCCUUAACGCUUAUUGUCAUGCCAAACAUGUUUGGCUUGACAAUGACAGCGAUGGAGUUUGCCAAGAGCGCAAACYGAUUUGGGGCCUGGAAAACCCUAUACUCCAUAACUGCAUCACAUCACUGCAUUGACACCUCCUUAACACUACACUACCACACUAUCACACCACGCCUUAGAUUGUGUAUAUUGGUGUAGGGUGAAGUUUCCCCUCGACACUGAUCCUGGGUCAGUUUUGCAUUUUUGCCACUGGUUAAGGUUAAAAUAGGGGGAGGGGAAGCUGAUCCUAGGAWAUUUCACCCCGGAGCCCUAAAAUUACCACACCAUGUCUUACAGUGUGUCUAUGCAUUCAUUAUUAUUGUGUAUAUUAAAUGUUGUGUAUAGAAGUGA